CACUUUCAGAGCCACAAGAUAAAUAAUGUGUAGUGCCAGUGUGACAUUAAUUGUAGCCCACAUAUUUGUGAGUACCAUAGCCUUCUCAAUGGGGGCUUGUCCAAAAAUCUUAAAGAGAGGAGUUUCGAUCGAUGACCAAAAAUUUAUUGUGAACAAACACAACAGUAUUAGAGAAAUGGUAGCAAACAAUAAACUUCCAGGACAGCCGAGGGGAGUAAAUUUAAAAAAAUUGUCUUGGAACAAAUGCCUCGCCAAAAAAGCUCAAAAAAUAGCCGAUAACUGUGAAAGUGAUAAUGUGUCAGAUACAUGUGAGAAUUUUGAUUGGGAAGGACGUAAUCUUUUCAUGUCAAUAAAUGCCUCUAGAAUGAACAAUUCUUCUUACUGGUUAGAUGCCAUUCUAUCAUGGUUUGACGAACACAAAGAUUACAUAUAUGGAAGUCUCUAUUCUCCACGCACCGAAAACUACAAGCAGAUCGUAUGGGCUGAAACCUAUAAUAUUGGUUGCGGAUUUUCUUACUUCAUUACAAAGGCUUCCUUCAGAUAUAGGAAAGUCUACGUGUGUAAAUAUGGGCCAGGUUCUAGUUGGCCAACAAAUUUUCCUUAUCAACUUGGAACAUCUGGAUGUGAACAUCUUUGCUAAUUGCUUGAUAAAUGUAAUGUAAAGUAAAUUUCUAUACAUCUCUAUACUAAUAUUUCAAAAACUAAAAAUUUCGUUAUUUUUAUAAUUUUGUACUUGACGUAUUUUAGUUAUUUAUUCAUCAUUAUGU